AUGGACAAUCCAAGCUCCCCGACUAAGGGCCUCUUUGAACCGAUCUCCCAACCCGUCCCAAGCGAUCUGAUACAGAAUUCACAUCGAAUGGCUCACAGGGCCUUCCGUAUCCGCGAGAUCCUCGAAAUGAUCCUGCUGGGCCUGGACAUGAAGACCCUGCUCCUUUCGACGCGAGUCUGUCGCGCGUGGAACGCCCUCAUCCGAUCCUCCCCCAGCAUCCAGAAGGCACUAUUCUUCCGUCCCGCCGAUCCUGUCCCCGGGCAGGCCAAAGCCAAGAACCCCCUCGUGGAGGAAAAGAUCGACAAGGCCUAUCUCCGCCCCGAGGCCAGCUGGCGCCGGAUGCUGCUCCAGCAGCCCCCGACCUCCUUCGUGUAUGAUCGGAAUCUCGUCAAAGUAUACUUGCCCCGCGACCGCAUUUCGGAUCCUGGAGGCAUGGGUUGCAUACCGGCCGGGGACUUUGUUCGACUGCAGCAUGUGGCGGCCUAUGUUCAUUCCGGGUUCCUCUUCCCCGGCGUAUAUCCGUCGAUGUUCUGGGCAGAUGGUCCAGCCGUGCGGUCGGUUCGUCGCACGGUGAAAGCCGGCUUUUUCCUCCGGCACUACCAGGAACAUGACUUCGUUGUCAUCACGCAAAGCCUGUUCUGGGCUCAUCACCCGUCCGUAAUUCUGCCGCCCUUGGACCGGGUCGCGUUACGUGCGCCGGGCGUUUGGAAGCGGGUGAUUAACCCUCUGCUCGGCAGCACUGACCCGUAG